AUGAAUCUUAGAAGAUACGAAUGUAAAUAUUCAGAUGUUGAUAGUAAACAGGUAGUAAGUAGAUUCAAAGAGAUGCAUCCAGAUUAUUUUGAGUUAACAGAGUGGAGCAAGAGAGUAAAUUACUUAGAUAAUAAUAAGCUUGGAUUGUCUGACGAUGAAAUCAUGUUAUAUAUUAUUGGAAAAUGUGAAAGUAAUUUUAAAAUUGUUAGUAAAUUAUUAGAAUUGGUUGAUUUAUCAAAGUUAAAAACAGGCUAUAUAUUAAGCUUCAUUAAUCAAAAAUUUACAGAGGUAAAAUUAGAGAAAGAAAUUCUUAAAUUACUAGGUUUAUUGGAUGAAGUAACUAAGGUUGAAUUUAUUUUAAGUGGAGCUAAAUUUAAUGUAGGUAAGAAGGCUGCAAGAUAUUUAGAAUUAUUAGAGAAAAUAAAAUUAAAUAAUGAUAUAAUUAAAUCUGUAUUAAAUGAAUUAAAUAAGAUUAAGUACACUGGAAUAAUAGAAAAGAAAAGAUUAGUUAAAUCUAUCAAUUAUUUUAAUGACAAACUAAAUGAAGAAUCUAAGGCUGAUAAUUUAGAAAGUAAUGAUAUUCAACCUGAGAUCAAAGAAAGGAUUAAUAUUGAAUUUAAAAAGGAGGAUGUUGUUGUUGAAAAAAUUAAAGAAUUUGAAAAGAUUGAGAAUGAAGUAAUUAAAGAAGAAGAAGUUGAUACAAAUAAUCUUAUUAAUGUUGUUAAGUUAAAACAAAAUGAUUUAAAUAAUGAGAAUUAUCUUAAUAUAUUAAACAAUAAUUUAAUUAAUAGAAAUGAAGUUGAAGUUAAUGAUUUUAUUAUAUUUUUAGUAAUGAAUCAAAUCAUAUUGAAUGAUGAUAACAUUUUAAUACUAAUUAGUGUUUUACUAACUAAGGAAUUAUACUACCUGUUAGAAGUUUUAGAUAGAAUUUAUCCAAUGUCUAAAUUGUAUAAAAUAUAUAAGAAAGAUGAAAGAUUAAUGAAUGUACUGGUUAAAAUAAUUGGUAAUAUUACAAAUAAGUCAAAUGAAAUUGACGAACUAAAAGUUGUUAUAAAAGAGGUAGAAGAGUUUUUUGAUUUGUUGAAAAUAUUAACAAAUAAUAAACAAAAUGAUGAGAAAAACAAUUCUAAAGUUGAUUUUAUUAAUAGAAGUUUAUUAGAGAUGAGUUUAGUAGAAGAAGAAAGUUUUAAAAAAAGUAAAAAUGAAAUUAAUGUUUAUGAGGAAAUAAAACAAUUAAGUGAUGAAAAUCAGAUAGUUGAAUAUUUUAAGAACAAUAAUUUAAAUAUUAGAACUUUAAUACAUUUAAAUAUGAUAAACAUACUAAGUGUACUUAUUAGAAACAAUAUUGGAUUUGAUGAUCAUAUUAGUGAUCUUUUAAAACUUUUUAGAAAUGAUAAUGACAUUAUGAUGGGAAUAACUUUGAAUAGUGAUUACAUUAAAGUUUUGACAGCAUUAUUUGAUUUGGUAAUUGAAGACUCUGAUACAAGAAUUAUGAAAUUGAUAUGGAGACAUUCUAAAAAUUUAACUAAAUGGGUUGAUAAUAAAAAGGCUAGAUUAUUAAUAACAACAAUUGAUAAUAUUUAUCGUAAGCAUGGAUCUACUCUGAGUAAAUCAACAACUACAAUGUUAAAAGUUUCAUUGUUACAUCUAACUGAACUUUGUAAUGUCUACUCAACGAAUAUUAUGAAAUUUGAUAGCAGUAAGAAUUUUAAAGAAAUAGCAAGUUAUAUAACUUCUAAUAGUGAUUUACCAGUAGAAGAUAUCAGAUCAAUCUUUUUAAAAUAUAAAGAAUAA